GUGCUGAUCAUGACUCUGCCCUGCUUGCAGCACCUUCGCUUCUACUUCGGCUACUGGGGUCUAGAGCUCGGAAUGGUUUACGACAUCAGCUUCUUCCUGCUGCUGUCCUCAAUUACCAUCACGGUGCUGACGUACUUCCUGUUCUUCCAGGCGUACAUCAUGCCUCUGGAAAUGAGCAUCCUGACGAUCGCAAUUGCCGCCGUCAUCGUUGAAAGCGUCUGUGGGAUCAUCAAUGUUCUGCAGACGCUGAAGCUGGCUCCGCUCACCUUCUUCCAGACGCUGCUCCUUCUGUCGGCGAUCAUCUCGGUGAUCAUGGUGACCUCGGGCUUCUUGGUGAAAGAGCUGCUGCCAAACGAGAUCACCUUCGACCACUACUGGAUGCCUGCCGGAGGGCAGCCCUACGCGGUGGCAGCGCCUUCGAGCUGA